GGUACUCGAGUCACUCUUGGCUUAGACUUCAAGGGAAAGAAACGAAAAUGAGGACUAUAAUCCUUUUACUUUUUUGCACCUUGGCCAUGGUCUGUGAAGCCAAGCGUUUAUCAAAAAAUGAGUAUCAGUACCGUUUACUACGUAAUGCCAACAACAACCGACGCAAUAAUUACUUGCGACAAUAUUAUAACAGGAGAAACAUGAUUUAUGGUGGAGCUGGGGCUGGGGCCGGGGCAGGGGCUGGGGCUGGGGCUGCGGCAGGAGCUUAUGGUCACAUAAGCGGUGGCGUUCAAGCAGGAAUCCACGCAGGACUCAGCGCUGGUAUAAAUGCUGGAAUUGGUGGUUACGGUGGUAUUGGAGGCUACGGCUACGGCGGUAUGGGUGGCUACGGCUACGGUGGUAUAGGUGCUGGUGGUUAUGGUGGUAUGGGUGCUGGUGGUUAUGGUGGUAUGAGAGCUGGUGGUUAUGGUGGCAUGGGAGCUGGUGGUUAUGGUGGAAUCGGUGGUGGAAUUAGUGGUGGAAUUUCUGCAGGUCUCAGUGCUGGUAUAAGCGCUGGCAUAGGCGCAGAAGUAGGUGCUGCUGCUGCUGCUGGUGCUGGUGCUGGUGCAAGUGGUUAUGGUGCCGUCGGGGGUACCUCCUAUAGGUACGGCACGUAUGGCUAAACCUAAGAUAAUUAAAACUAAUACAUUUUCAACAGACUUUUAUCCGAAGUUCUAUGUACCUAUUUCAAUUUUCUGGAAAUAUAUUUUUUGUUUAUUAUUUAUUUUAUAAUUAUAACUAAAGAGCAUGUCAACAAUGAGGCACUCAAACCUUGAAAUAAAUACAGCUUUAGAAAAAAAAUCU